AUGCCAACACCUGCUGAAAUUAUUGCUGCUCGUUUGAGUCGUCCUGAACAAUCAGAUGAUUCAAAUUGGAGUAUUGAUGAAAUUGAAGAACAAGGUAAAACAAGAACUUCUACUUCAACUCCUUCAAUUAAUGAUGAACAAGCAUUUCCUGCUUUAGGUUUAAGAAAUUCUACUGGUGAUUCAAAUCAUUCAUCACCUUCAAAUUCUUCUUGGGGUCCAAAAAUGAAAUCACCAGUUUCUCAAACCACUCCCAAACCUAAGAAUGGUGGUACAACUAAUGGGUUUACCAAAAAAUCAAAAUCUUCAACUAUUCAAGAAGCUUUUUCCCUCGAUGUUGAAGAUCAAUUAAAUGUUACAAGACCAGAAUUUAUUAAAAUUUUAACUUAUAUAAUGCAAGAUACAAAAACAAAUAUUGAAUGUACAACUUCUCAACAUACUAAGAAAAGAACUUUUUUAAUUAGUGGGAAAUUAGAAGAUGUUAAAUUAGCAAAAAGAUUAGUUAUUAAAAAAUUAACAAAACCUGUUAAAAUUAAAUUUUCAAUUCCUUCAAAAUUAAGAUCAAAAAUUAUUGGUCAAGGUGGUAAAACUUUAAAACCAAUUAUUCAACAAAAUGAAGUUAAAAUUGAAAUUGGUGAUGAUGAGGAAGUAACUGAAGAAGAUGGUGAGGAAGAUGAUGAUUUGUUUAAUUCUAUUGUUUAUGUUACUAUUGAUGGAGAUAUUGAAGGUUCUAAACGUGCAAAAAAUCAAAUUUUAACUAUUGUAAAAGAAGAAACUAAAAAUUUAUCAACAAAAAUUGUUUUAAGUGAAAAAGUUAAACCAUUUGCUUUAAAAUCUUUACAUACAAUUGUUGAAAAUAAUAAAGAAAUUGAUUUUUCAAUUCCAGAUUAUAAAUCUCCUCGUAAUUCAAUAAUUUUAGUUGGUGAGCGUGAAUUAGUCUUGAAAGUCAAAUCUGAAAUUAAAUCAAUUUUAGAUAAAUUACAAGAUAAAAUUAUUAUUGAAGAAGUUCCAAUCCCAAAAACAAAACAUCAAUUUUUACCAAUUGAUGAUGUUUUAAAUCAUAAUAAUGUAUUAAUUGAAUUACCAAAAGAAAAUGAAACAAAUGUAAAAUUUAUUGGUGAAAAAAAAAAUAUAAAAUUAGCUCAAGAAGAAGCAAGAAAAGUUACUUCAAAAUAUAAAGUUGAAAUAUUGGAUAUGUCAAAAGCUCAUAAGGGUAACUUACAACAUGUUAAAGCUGUUGCUUUAUUUUUAAAUCAAACUGGAAUUUUUAAAUCAAUUGCUGAAUCAAAUGAUGUUGUUAUUAAUGUACCUUCAAAAAAGGAAUUAGCAAUUGCAAAUACUAUACCAAUUGAAAUUAUUUCUGAUGGUGAUGAAAAUAAAAUUAAAACUGCUAAAAAAUCAAUUGUUAAUCAAGUUAAUAAUAUUAAACCAGAUCAAACUAAGAUUAUUGAUGAUAUUGAACCAUUUUUGAUAAAUAAAGUUGAUGAAACAAUUGGGGGUUUAGUUAAAGAUGAAAAGAUUCAAUAUGUUAUUUUGGAUAAUGUUAUUACUUUAUUUAAUGUUGAAGAUCAACAGGAAGGAGCCGAAGAUUUUGAUGAUUUUGCUACUCCAAGUGAUGGAUUUGAAAGAGUCAACACAGAGUUAAAUAAAUUAAGAGAACUUGCUGCAAAUUUAUCAUCAGUUACAAUAUCAAUUGAUUCAAAAGAUCAAGAUCAUAUUUCUGGACCAAAAGGUACAACCCUAAAAUCAAUCUUAUCCUCAGUUGAACCAAAUUCUGUUAUUGUAAAAUUACAUUCAAAUGGUACUACCACCUCAGAAAACGAAAUAUACAUCCAUGGUUUAAAAAAUUCAGUGUCAUCUGUCCAAAAAGAUAUUGAAUUAGUAUUAAAUGAUUUAAAAGAAUAUCCUGAUGGCUAUACAUCAACAAUUCAAAUUCCAUCACAAGUUAUAUCAAGAUUAAUUGGUAAAAAUGGUAACAACCUUAUAUCAUUACGUGAUGAAUUUGGUAUAAAAAUAGAUAUACCAGAAUUAAAUAAUAAAGAUAAUUUAGAAAAAAUAGAAAUUACCAUAAAAGGUAUUAAAAAAAAUGUUGAAGAAUCAAAAAUUAAAAUUUUACAAAUUACAAAAAAAUGGGCUGAUGAAACUUUAAUUAAAUUAAGAAUUGAAAAUCAAUAUCAUCGUAGAAUGAUUGGUUCUCAAGGUAAAUAUAUUAAUCGUUUACAAGAUAAAUAUAAUGUUAAAAUUAGAUUUCCUUCAGCAGACUUUGAAAAUGGUAAUGGUUUUGCUGAUUCUCCAAAAUCAAAAGAUGAAGUUACCAUAAAAGGACCUUCAAAAAAUGUUGCAAAAGCAGAAGAAGAAUUAAAAGAAUUAUAUCAAUUUGAAAAAGAAAAUGGAUUUAAAGAAAUUUUACAAAUUCCUUCAAAAGCUAUUGCAAGAGUUAUUGGUAAAAAUGGUGAUACUAUAAAAGAUAUUGCAGAUGGUACAGGUAUUGAAUAUCAAUUUAAAAGAGAUUCUUCAAAUGAUGAACAAACUGAACUUGAAAUUAUUGGUUCAAAAUCUGCUUUAAAAGAAGCAAAAUUAAAAAUUAAUGAAAUUAUUAAUGAAGUUGAACAUUUUGUAAUUAGAAAAAUUGAAGUUGAUCCAAAAUAUCAUCGUGAUUUAGUUGGACAAUCUGGUUCAACAAUGAAACAAAUUAUAAAAUUAGCAGGUGGUGAAGAUUUACCAAGACAUAAAUAUCAUAAACUACUCACAAUUCCAAAUGAAGGAUCAGGAUCAAAUGAAAUUAUAUCACAAGGUGAUAAAUUAAUAGUUGAUAAAAUUAUAAAUCAAAUUGAAAAAAUUAUAAAAGAAAAAGAAGCUUCAGUAACAGAAGAAAUUGAAUUAUCAAAAGAUAAACAUAGAUUAAUUAUUGGACCAAAUGGUAUUAUACGUCAUAAUUUACAAAAUGAAUACAAUAUAACAUUGGAUAUUCCAAGACCAAAUGAUGAAUCAUCAAUUAUAAAAAUUAAUGGAUUACCAGAAAAUAUUACAAAAGUUAAAUCAAGAAUUGAAGAAUUAACAAAAGAUGAUUGGUUAAAAUCUAUUGAUAUUCCAUCAAAACUUCAUUCAUUUAUUAGUGAUCGUGGUGCAAUUUUCAAAAAAUUUAAAUCUGACUAUGGAGUAGAUAUAACUCAUGGAAAUUUAACAAGACAAGCAAAUAAAUUAUCUUCUUCAAGUAUUGCAACUCCUUCAGACAAUGCAUAUCCUGAAAAUGAAGAAGAAACUUAUAAAUUUACAAUUGAAGAAUUCAAUUUGGGGGCUGAUGAAUUAAAUAUUCCUUGGAGAUUAAAAGGAUCAGAAGAAUCAGUUGAUAAAGUAUUAUCCAUAAUUAAAUCAAAAUUAUCUAAACUUCAAUCAAAUGAAAAUUAUAUUGGAUGGAUAUAUACAACAAAACCAAAUUCAUUUUCAAAAAUUAUUGGUCCACAAGGUUCAAAAAUUAAUCAAUUACGUUCAAAAAAUAAUUGUUUUAUACAAAUUCCAAAUUUAAAUAAUCAUUCAAAUGAUAAAUUAUCUAAAUUUAUUUUUACAUUUGGUUUAAAAGAUGAUUUAGUAAAAUUAAAUGAUCAAAUUAAAUCAUUAAUUGGAUGA